UUGCUGAUAUGGACUCGGCUGUUCGCUAGUGCAGGAAGUCUCCGAGAGUGUCCGACAGAUUGCGAAAGCCUUCACAAACAACAUCGAGCAUCGACCCCACCAGGAACUUUGUGUGCUGAUUUAUCACUGAAGGCGUUAACACACACGCAACAACGGACAACCCCACAGGACCGGGGGGUGCUUCUCGUGUCUCGGGAGGAAGGGACGAUAAUCGCUCCCUAUCCACUGAGCGACGCUGGAUCCCUCCUUCAACUGUUAGACGCGAUGCUUUCACCCCAGAAAACAGAAAUGAUUUCAUCUUCCGCAAGGUGCGGGGUAUCCUUAACAAGCUCACACCUGAAAAGUUCGGAAAGCUGAGCAACGAUCUGCUCAAAAUUGAACUUAAUUCUGAUGUUAUUCUCAAAGGUGUUAUUAUACUGAUCUUCGACAAAGCCCUCGAUGAGCCGAAAUACAGUUCUAUGUACGCACAGCUGUGCAAGCGUUUAUACGACGAAGCGCCAAAUUUCGAGUCACCAAAGCCGACAGUCGACGGUCAGAAGCCCCAGAGUACCUUCUGCCUGUUGCUGCUCAACAAGUGCAAACUCGAGUUUGAGAACAGAUCAAAGGCAUACGAUUACUUCGAGAACCAAGAUGAGCUUAUGCCGGAGGAGGAAGAGCGCCGGCAGAUGGCCAAACGGAAGAUGCUGGGAAACAUCAAAUUCAUCGGAGAGCUCGGCAAAUUGGAGAUCGUCAGUGAGUCAAUUCUCCACCGCUGUAUCAUGCAGCUGCUCUUUGAAAAACGUCGCCGUAGACCCCGGGGGGACACUGCGGAGGACAUCGAGUGUCUUUGCCAGAUCAUACGAACCUGCGGUAGGAUCCUCGACUCUAACAAAGGCCAGGGUCUCAUGCAGCAGUACUUUCAACGUAUGAUGUCACUUGCUGAAAACAGUGACCUGCCACUGAGAAUACGUUUCAUGUUGCGCGACGUUAUCGAGUUGCGUCGCGACGGCUGGGUUCCAAGGAAGGCGACAUCUACCGAGGGCCCAAUGCCUAUUAAUCAAAUUAGGAACGACGCUGAUGAGAGUCUACUGGGCAUGGCUCAGCAGAACUCCAUGCAGAGGAACCUUCAGAGUCAAUACAAUAAUCAUCAUCAUCGGAACAAUCGCGACGACUCUAGAAUUGGCAAUGAUUUUCUUAGAAAAAUCGGACGCCCUGGCAUCGACAUGGACAUCGUUGGCGUCGGAAGCAUUCCUCUGGCGCCAUCUUUCGGAAUUUCUAGCUCCUUUAAUGCCAACGGGUUCCCCAGUGUUCCGCAGAACCCACAGGCUGCUGGGAAUGUCGGCUACAGGAGGAACCAGAACUACUUUCCUAAUGCUCGGCAGAGCUAUCCGAAUAAGGUUCCACAUCCUAAUGCUAAUUUCAACAACAAUGCUAAUAAGGAGCAGAGUUUGAGAUUCAACAAAAACAAAAUGUUAAUCGGACACCCAGAAGAAGUGUCCCUGCGCCCAAGCACAACUUCAAUGAUCUUUAAACAAACAACAAUGAAGCCAUCAUUGCCAAUCACAAACGAGUUGUUCCCAGCGCGCACAGAGGCGCCACUGUUGCGCGCAACGACCUUGAAGACGCCGCCACUGCUGCACAAGGACACAGCGCCGAUCGUGAUCAAGCAGGGGCCGCUGGACAAGCGAGACAAGGCGCGAGACCGAAAGGACAAGGGUCCAACGAAGGAAGAGAUAGUGAAGAAGGUCACAGCGAUGAUGGACGAUUUAAAAAUCGACGACAUAAACCUUGGAGACGCGAUGGCCCAGUUCAAGGAUUUAAAAAUCCCAGAGCGGUUCCUGAGGAACGCAAUCGCGGCGAUCUACACCAACACCCUAGAGCGGGGAGACUCAGAGCGUGAGUUCGCGGUCAAAUUCGUCCUGGAGCUCAAGAAGGAGGGCGUGAUCCAGGGCGUCCACGCGAUGGACGGCUGGAAGGAGCUGGUCGCUGGAAUUGCUGAUAAAGAGAGCACCGUUCCUUGCGUGGCCUCUCACGUGGCCAGCAUCACCGGCAAGGCGAUUGUUAACAACCUGAUGCAGCUCCACGACCUCGCUGUCGUCACCGAGAACGGCGCUCACCACCCGCUGUUCCUCCUGACCCUCCAGCAGCUCCACAAGACCCAGGGCAAGGCUGUCCUCACUCAGAUCUUCAACGACAGCAAGGUCAACCUCAUCAGCCAGCUGCCGGAGGCUGAGAAGACCAAGGAGAGGCUCGGGGAAAUUCUUGAGGACCGGGAACUCACUUUUCUUUAUCCGCUUCUCAGGAUCCAGGGGGAUAUGAGUCGACAGCUUGAGAGCGACCCCAGUCCCAAUGCCUUCUACAAGUGGAUCAAGGACAAACUUCAUCCGGCUCAUCAUGCCGAUCCUGGGUUUAUUAAUGCGCUCAUGACGGUCCUCUUGCAAUAUAUUACCAGGGAAACUACAUUAUCUCCAGGCACAGACACAACAGUAGUGCCAGAGAAAUCUCUGCAGGAAAAAGAGCGUGGAUUACUGCAGAAAUACACCCGCGUUCUCGAAUCAUUUUUGGUGACUAUCGAUGCCCAGGUUACUGCCGUACACUCAUUGCAGGUCUUUUGCCUGUCUCAUAAUUUCCCCAAGGGCAUGCUCCUAAGAUGGUUCGUUGCGCUUUACGAAUUGUCUAUUAUUGAUGAAGAGGCUUUUAUUAAAUGGAAGGAAGAUGUUACUGACGCUUAUCCUGGUAAAGGACGUGCAUUAUUCCAAGUCAAUAGUUGGUUAACUUGGCUCGAACAAGCCACUUCCGAAGAAGAAGAAGAUGAAGGCGAUAAUUAAACAAUAUAGACGCCUGCCAACAAUAUAGCAAUCAACAACAACAAAAACAACAAACUAAACAAAAUAAAAUAAACAAAAAAAAGGAAAAUAAAACAGAAAAAGAAUUAAUGCUGGUCAACUAAUUUGUCAUCGAACAA